ACCCAAUCCCCUGGCCCCACCCACACCAAAGCCGUCCUCGCCUACUCCUCCCCUCUCAAUUCGACGAGGAGGCGACUCGUCGAGUCGCCGGUCGUCGCAACCGCCGGCCAAAACCAAUCUCGGCGCUUCCUUCCCGGAGGAACCCCUCCGGAAGUCAGCCGAUCCCGGAUCACCCAACACACCGCACUUGGUUUCUCCCGCACCGGCGCGCAAACCCUCAUGCGACUAGGGUUGUAGCGAUCUCGUCUCGCUACCGAGCGGGCCGGCUGCGGAACGGGCCACCCACGCCACGCACUCCUCUGCUUCGAUAGACUUCACCCGCCGCUGAAACUGCGCUUUGCGCUGUCGCCACUAGAAAGCCCUCGCCAGUCCUUUGCCUCCUCACUCCGUCAGGGUCGGGCCCGUCGCCCGCAGGGUUUUGUUCCUAACUUUUUAGCCUCUAUUUUUGUCUUGAAUGGCUACAUCUCUGGAUGUUCCACUGGAUGAUUUGAUUAAGAGCAGAAAUGGGAGGGGAAGGGGAAGGGGCAGGGGACAAGGAGGCCGAGGCAGAGGUGAUGGCCAAAGAUUGGCUCGUGGUUCAUGGCGUGGGCGUGGUACUGGCACCUUCCGUGGAAGGGGACUAGGGGUGCCUUCGCGAAGGCCACUUGGUGUUAAUACUCGGUCCUCAUCAUUUGCUAUUGCCAAGUCAUUCAAUAAAGCAAAGGAUUUUGUGUGGAGACAUGAUCUCUUUGAGGAUAGCAUGGUGGCAGCUGGGCUUUCUGGGAUAGAAUCUGGUACAAAGCUGUACAUUUCAAACUUGCACUAUGGAGUGACAAGGGAAGAUAUACAGGAGCUUUUUUCAGAAAUGGGUCAUUUGAAGCACUGUGCUGUUCAUUACGACAGUUACAGACACCCAACUGGUUCGGCUGAGGUGAUAUUCACCAGGAGAAGUGAAGCUCUUGCAGCACUGAAGAGAUAUAAUAAUGUGCGCCUUGAUGGGAAGGCAAUGAAGAUUGAAGUAAUAGGAGCUGAUUUGGGUCUAUCAUCUGCUGCCGCACCCCGAAUUAGUGUUGUUCCUGGUGCAAGCGGAAGAGGGCAGAGAGAAGUUGUUAUGAUGCCUGGUGGAAGUGGGUUUGGACUAGGUGCAUCUGGCCCAUCUAGUUCGCUUCCUGGGUGGAAGCGUGGAGGUUUUGUUCAAAGAGGAGGACAAGGGCGUGGUGGUUUUGCUCAAAGAGGGCGAGGGCAAGUGCGUGGCCGCGGACGCGGCCGUGGCCGUAGUAGCUUUGGUCAGGUCCGUGGACGUGGCUAUGUGCGCAAGGGUAAUGUGGAGAAAUCAGCCGAACAAUUGGACAAGGACCUUGACAACUACCACCACUCUGGUGCAAUGAAUGUCGACUAAGGUAGCGAAUCCAUCAUCCAGUCCAACCUGGAAGUUGGAACUAUGUUGAAGCUAAGCUUGUUUUCUGUCUGUUGGUUUUCUGUCAAAUGAGCAAACUUCUGUUCUGCUCUCGUUGCAUCAGUUAGAUUAGAUUCGUACUGCAAUUUCUUGUUUGGAGUUAGUCCUGUGAUCAGAAUUUGCUGUUAAACUGAUUGAUGAAUUAUGUUUUCAACCGUUGAAUGGUUUUCUGUUAAAUUGUAAGAAUUUUCAAUAGGCAGUACCCAAAAUGUUCGGUGAUGCCGUUUCAAAAAAAAUGUUGGGUGAGGACCACAGGUUGGAGGUUCUAUUUA